CUGAAUGUUUUUCAUCACAGGGAAAGUUUUCAGGCGGACGGGAAGGAGACCACCUGGGACCAUUUCAUGGUUGGAAUUUAAAAAUCCCUACAUUUCGCAUCAAAACUGACCACAGAUGUUUGCUGACCAAUUGCUCAGGAACAUUUUUGGUUCAUGCUCCAUCCAAACUGCUUCCUUAAAGGUUGGAGCAGAGUCAUCGUCUGAAAGCGGAGAUGUCUUCCAAAACGGCGAGCUCCAGUAGCGUCGCGCAGGCCAGGCGGACGGUGCAGCAGCUGAGGAGGGAAGCUCGCAUCGACAGGAUAAAAGUGUCCAAGGCUUCAUCAGACCUGAUGCGCUACUGUGGAGAGCAUGCUAAGAACGACCCUCUCCUUAUGGGCAUCCCAACCUCAGAGAACCCCUUCAAAGAAAAGAAGCCUUGCACUGUUUUGUAGCCGAUUGCCCAAACUGUUGCUUUUCUAGACUCUUACAUAACAUGGCUGUUAGUAGUUUGAGCAAACUUAUCUAAAAGCCUCGGUGGUAGUUGACUUUUUUUUCACAUUUACCAUUUUUUUUCCCCAGAUUGUAAGUUGCAGGUUGUUUUUUUCAUAGUUUGCCUGAUUCUGCAUCUUAUAGACCGCUGUGACUUGUGCAUGAUUUUUCUUUUCUCUUUUAUUUCUCUUCUUGUAUUUUUUGACUGAUGUGUUAAAUGUUAAUUCAUACUGACGGACAUGAACCAUGGAUUAAACAACACAGUUCGUAGCUGCGAGGAAGCGAAGUUGACCAGACCUGGAGGAAUGAGUGUGCUGCCUCAACAACAUGUUCAGAGUCCUGUGAAUGGUGGAGUUACAUCUCUUGCCAAGGAGAUGAACAUAUGACUUUGCAGGCGGGUCUUCUUGGGGCAACAGCUUCAUUGAAAUUGACCCUGAUGAAUAAUUACCACAUCAUACCAAAACAAGACCCUUAACUCGUUGGUCAAUCAGAUAGAAAAGCCUUUACCUCUUAAUUUCAUCAUGCCUGCUUGAGGAAGGAGAGAGUUUGUGCUCUACUGAUAAGGACCAUUCAAGAUAAUGACGUCCUGUCAGUGGACCAACAGGCUGCUCCCCGUUACUGCAUGACUUAUGGAGACGAUGAAGCUCUGUUGCUGGUGAUUGUCGGCUGUUGCCUCAGGGACUAACAAUCACAAGUAGAGAUCAUGCUUGGUGUUGUCCAUUUAUAGGUCGCUCCAAAUAGCAGUGUCCAUGUGUGUUCCAUAGAGAAUGUGGAUUCAUUCCGUAGUUUAUAGAUUUGCAAAAGAAAAAAAAGUUUCCCAACUCAACAUGUUCCACGAUGGGCAGAUGUUGAAUCGUCAAAAGGAUAAAAGAGAGCAGAUUUCCUGCAAUACCCUCAGUCUUCUGCUUUCUGUUGAAAGUCUUGCCGUGUUGCAGCCUAUAAGAAGCACAGCCACACUCUUUUUAAAAUUGUUUUUCUUUUGUUACUAUUCAUUAUGUCCUAAAGCAAAACACAACCCUGCUGGGUAUUUUGAAUAAAAAAUGUGGUUCUGAUUUUUGUUUCCAGCAGCAUAUUCCUAUUUAUGGGAGUAUUCCUGCCAUUAUUUUGGCUCUUUUCUUUGAUACAUUUUAAAUCUCCUUUGUGAUCUCUUCACUGGUGGGUGACUGGACUAAUAAAACUGGAUUUGAGAUGACCGUUAUACUUAGAGACAUGCUCUUAAUCUCCUUAAAUGUUUCAAUUAAUCUUUCAUUUGUUUGCUGUUACAGUUUUACAUUUGCCAGAGUCUUAUUCCUGAAGCCAGACAGAUAAAUGUUUUAGCCACAUAAGUGCUUUAGGCUAAUACUGUUUGCUUUUCACAGUGUAAUGGAUUAUUGCUUAUUUGUGUCAAUAAACAGUGCAGUGAAGAAGUAAUUGCUCCAUUA